UCCAUACGACAUAACCACACCACCAUCGUCAUCAUCAUUAUCAUCAUCUGUUGUCAAAGGUUUCCACAGGACACCCCCAAGAACCCACACACGACACCUCCUUUUCUCUUCUCUUCUCUCUCUUUCUCUCUCCUCUUCAUUGGAAACAAGAGAGAGAGAGAAAAACAAAAAAUGGCGGUGGCCAACGCCUGGGGAGUGGGUCAAGCCAUGUCGGUGCGUCCCCAAUUCAGACCCUUUUGCUGUUCAGAUUUCUCUUCGAAGAAUCGCCUCAACUUCCUUCUCGGUUGGGGCUUCUCUCUUCAAUCCAAGCCUCAAACCUCUUCUUCUUCUUCUUGUUUAACAAGGAAUAGGAAAAGCUCCAACUUGUUUUGCCGUUGCAGCAAUGAGUGUAGUAGUAAUGGCUCUUCUUCUUCUUCUUCUUCUCUGGAAUGGGACUGGAAUCGGUGGAGCCGCCAUUUCUCUGAGAUUGAACAAGCUGAGAGCUUUGCCUCACUUCUCAAGUUCCAACUUGAAGAUUCAAUUGAGAAAGAAGACUUCCAAGAAGCGGCAAAGCUUAAGAUGGCUAUUGAAGAAGCUACAUCAAAGGAUAGUGUUGCUGAAAUCAUGGCUGAGUUGAAGAUUGCAAUCGAUGAAGAGCGUUAUCAUGAUGCUUCAAAGUUGUGUAGACACACAGGAAGUGGCCUGGUAGGUUGGUGGGUAGGGUAUUCAAAAGAUUCGGAUGACCCCUUUGGUCGGUUGAUACACAUUACUCCUGGUGUUGGAAGAUUUGUGGGCAGGAGUUACAGUCCAAGACAGUUGGUCACUGCAUCUCCAGGAGCUCCACUUUUCGAAAUUUUUGUGGUAAAAAAUCCUGAUGAGACGUAUGUUAUGCAGGUUGUGUACUUGCAACGACCUAAAGGCAAUUCAAAGAACUCCAUUAUGUCACUAACUAAACCCACAAAAAGAGAAUCGACUUCUGAAGUUGAGAAUGCGUCUGUGGCAGAUGUUCGGGAAAAUGAAGAUAAGGUUGAAAAGGGUGAGGAGAAGGGGAUAAAUAUUGAGGAAGCAACAGAGGAGGGAAUAAAAAGUGUGAUAAAUUUUCUGAAAGAAAAAAUUCCAGGCUUGAAAGUUAAAGUCAUGAAUGUUAAUGUUACGGAGGAAGUGUUAGAGGACGCCGAUGCCGUGAAGCAGUUGAUGCAAGAAAAUAGUGAGAAUGAGGAUUCUGAUGAGAAUUCUGAAGAUGGGGUUAGUAAUUUGGAUGAGAUCCAACCUGAUGAGGUCACUUUGGGUGGUAGCGAUACAACAGAAGAUGAGAAAGAUUUAGAUAUGAAACUUUUUAUUGGCGGAGUUGUACACAACAAUGAUGAUACUUCCACUACGGAUGAGUAUGUGCGACACCCAGCUGAAAUUAAAGACAUGGAAAGGGAUUCUUUCGUGCUACAUAUUCCUGAUAGAGGCCUAGAUAAUGAUACAAGAGAAAAAGUGCCGAACGUCAAAGUGGCAGCUCUAGCAGCUCAAGGCGUCUCUGAGCUUAUGCCUCCCGAUGUUGCGAAAGUAUUAUGGAAAUCCAACAAGGUUUCUUCAAAGGUUUCAAGAAAUGUACGUGAAAUAGUCAAACUUGCUAUGAGUCAAGCACAAAAAAGGAGUAGGUUAUCUGAAUAUACUACUUUCAACCGAAUAAACAGUUCCAAUGGAGAUCUAGAUCCAUUCGAUGGCCUCUAUGUUGGUGCAUUCGGCCCAUAUGGCACUGAGGUAGUACAACUGAGGCGUAAAUUCGGCCAUUGGAAUGGUUCGAAUGUCAAAGACAAUUCUUCAGAUGUGGAGUUCUUUGAAUAUGUCGAGGCAGUGAAGCUUACUGGGGACCUGAAUGUUCCUGCAGGCCAGGUGACAUUCCGUGCUAAAAUUGGGAGAGGGAAUAAUCGUAUUUCCAACCGCGGGAUGUAUCCGGAUGAAUUAGGAGUGGUUGCAAGUUACAAGGGUCAAGGAAGAAUAGCUGAAUUCGGGUUCCGAAAUCCGCAAUGGGUCGAUGGAGAACUUCUGCAGCUCAAUGGCAAGGGUAUGGGACCAUUUGUGAAAGGUGCAGAUUUGGGUUUCCUUUAUGUUGUACCUGAGCAAAGUUUUCUUGUGCUGUUCAACCGUUUGAAACUACCACAUUGAGCAUCAAAUCGUUUUGAGAUCUUACCUCCUUCAUAGGACCUAUAUUAUAUAUAUAUAUAUAUAUAUAUGAAGAGUGCAAUACUGUUGAGGAAUUCUUAUCUGUUAAGGUGUUGGAGCAGAAAGGCAAAAUAUAUAUUAGGCACUUGUAUUUAUUUAUUGAUCUCGAGGUUUUGUUUUUUCUUUCUUUUUUUCCCCCCCCUUUUUUCCUUCCCAACUUUUUGCUAAUUUUGAGAGCUGUAUAUCUUUUUUGCCGACUGACCAUAUAUAAUUUGACAAGUAAUAAACUGCUAUAGAAUGGAGUGGACUUUCUUUGUGACA